AUGCUAAUCCCAAUAUUGUCAUCAUGUCGGUUGGCAAUAAAGGUGAAUUUGAGUGAAUCGAGUCGCCUAGUGAGUACAGAACACGGUGGCGCAUUGGCAGAGCAUGAGGGCUUUUUAUUUGUAGAGACAUCUGCAUUGAAUGCUACCAAUGUGGACAAGGCUUUCUCCACUAUAUUCGAUACCAUUCACAGCAGCUUGCCAAAGAAACAAAACAAUGCUCAAGAACAACUGAGCCGACCUUCACUAGGCGAGAAGAUUCAAUUGAGACCCUCAAGUGUUAGAGGUGGGCAUGGUGGUAUACAUGGACAAAGCUCGAGAACAACAGCAGCAGCAAAAGAAGGAGGAGGAUGCUGUUGA